AUGGAGUUUGGUUAUUGUGCAGUGUUUCUGAUACUGCUUCUUCCAAUCUCAUGUGGAGCUUCUACCUCACUUGAGAAGAAAUUCAAGAAAUGCUUGUUAACCCAACUCAAUGGCAAUUCUGAAUCCAUUGAAAACAUAACCUUCACCUCAUCCUCCUCACUAUAUCCCCAAGUCUGGGAUUCAUCAGCACAAAAUCUUAGAUUUGUUAAUUCCUCAAGGAAGCCUCUCAUCAUUCUAACACCUUUACAUGAAUCAGAAAUUCAAGCAGCCAUUCUAUGCAGCAAACAACUUGGGCUGCAGAUUAGAGUCAGAAGUGGUGGCCAUGAUUGUGAAGGGCUAUCAUACCUUAGUCUACGUAAGGCCCCAUUUGUGAUGGUUGACCUCAUCAACAUCCGUUCCAUUGAAAUCAACCUUGAUGAUGAAACAGCUUGGGUUCAGGCUGGGGCAACAUUAGGUGAACUGUACUACAAAAUUUCAAAUGCAAGUGAAGUGCAUGGAUUCCCUGCAGGACCCGUUCCAGGUAUUGGGAUAGGUGGGCAUAUCAGUGGAGGGGGGCAGGGUAUGAUGAUGAGGAAACAUGGCCUAGCAGCAGACCAUGUUGUUGAUGCUUACCUCAUAGAUGUAAAUGGGACGGUUCAUGAUAGAAAAUCAAUGGGAGAAGAUGUUUUCUGGGCCAUAAGAGGAGGAAGUGCUACUAGUUUUGGAGUCAUCCUUGCAUGGAAGAUCAGGUUGGUCAGAGUUCCAGCUAUUGUUACUGUGUCUGAGAGACCACUGGAGGAAGGAGCCACCAAUCUCAUUCACAGGUGGCAAUACAUAGCACAUGAAUUGCAUGAGGAUCUUUUCAUUAGAGUAAUUGCUCAAAACAGUGGUGAUAAAUCGAAAACAUUCAAAGCAACCUUCGGUUCUAUCUUCCUUGGAGAAACAGACAGGUUUAUCACACUGAUGAAUGAGAGUUUCCCAGAAUUGGAAUUGAAUGUCAAUUACUGCACUGAAAUCAGCUGGAUUCAAUCAGUUCUGGUUGAUGCCGGAUACGACAGAGACGACCCUCCAGAAGUCUUGCUCGACAGAACUAACGAAUUUAAAAGCUAUUUCAAGGUCAAGUCUGACUUUGUGAAGAAGCCUAUACCAAAAUCUGGUCUAGAAGGAGCUUGGAAAAUGCUUCUAGAAGAAGAAAUGUUUGCCUGGCUGAUAAUGGAACCAUAUGGUGGUAGAAUGAAUGAAAUUUCAGAAUCUGAAAUCCCUUUUCCCCACAGAAAGGGAAACUUGUACAGCAUAGAAUACGUGGUCAAGUGGGAACAGAAUAGCAAGGAAACUUCCAAGAAGUAUCUACAGUGGGCUAAAAGGGUUUAUAGAUACAUGACUCCUUAUGUCUCAAAAUCUCCAAGAGCUGCCUUUUUCAACUUUAAGGAUCUUGAUUUAGGCAAAAACAAGCAUCACAACACAAGCUACUCAAAAGCUAGUGUUUGGGGCAAUAAGUACUUUAAGGGAAACUUUAGAAGAUUGGCACAAAUUAAGACAAAGUUUGACCCUCAAAAUUUUUUUAGGAAUGAACAGAGUAUUCCUCUUCUACAUACCCAUCCUUCUUAGUUCUGAAGAGCGUGUGCAUGACAUUUUUUGGAGCACCUAGAACAUUUGUGUAAUAUUUCAAUAUUAUGUUAAUAUUGUGCUUUGUGUGAUUGGUAUAGACCCAACCCUAAAACAUUAUACUGCUUUUGUAUACAUUUCUGAGGUAGGGGAUGCAAAUUCAAAAUGGAUAUAAUGUAUUUUCAUAAUGGGUGUGGAGUGUGGACUUAUGUAACACUAAGUGAGAUCCCAUAAGAAUGUACCCUCCUGUUGCUAAUUAUGUUAUCUAAUGACCCUUCC